AUGGUACAAGCCAUUCGUGAAAAGCUGGAUGAAAUAUACCAAAGCGACCCUCCCUCCAACGAGGAAGACGGCUCGGAUGCAAAUAUGACGGAUGCUAAAGGCGCUGAGGAAGAAACCAACCCAGUUACAGAUAUGUUGGAUGCUGAUAACAAUGAAGGCAUAAUACUCGGUUACCGAUCGUCGCGGCGAUGGAACAGAUUCCAGAAGCAAUAUUUGACUGACGACGUCAUAUUUUUCAUUCAGUCCCCCGGAGCAUCGAUUUUUGGGGUCUUUUCACUAGGGGAUCUCGGCCACGAGAUUUCAACUAAAGCUCUAAACUACUACAAAGGCGAUGGGAAUGAUGUCUCCACACAUAUUGACGCCGUUACCGGCUCAAACCCUUCCAUCACUCCAGCCACAUAUGAUGGAAUCCUAUGCAUCGGCGCCAAGAAGUCAGGCAAGCCCUCCGAAGGCAGAUUUCCCGACACCUGGAUACAGAUCGCAUUGAAACAAGACAGCGAUCCUUCAAAAGCAAAAAUUAUCCAUAGAACGGCUCUGCGGAAGUUGGUGAAAGAUGCCGAUUCUCAGAUAGAAAAGUUCUAUAAAGAGGUCGGCGUGGAGCCACCAUGGGCCUAUACACCUUACCCGGAUCCUUAUAAUCACCUGCGUGCCCGACCCCUUAUUUUUCCAGCACCCAGAAUCAAAUAUUAUGAGAUCGAUAGCCAUUUACCCAAGGCUCUACCAUUUCAUGAAGACAGGGAGGAUCGCAAGAGAUACCAAGACUACAUGGAAUCUAAGUUACUUGGAGAGGGGUAG